AUGCCCACAAAGUUUGCCAAGAACGAGCUACUGGAGAAAUCAGAUGAGCAACUGAGGGAUGAACUGCUGAACCGGCUCUUGUCACAUCGUCUUGAAGGCGCAACCCAGCAGGUGAUGAACACCAGCGAUCCAACACGGCUUCCCUAUCGAGAACUCCCACAUGGCUCAGCUGGGAACCUGUAUUUGCUCUACCUGGCACAGUGCCGUGCAGAGCACCAAGAAGAAGCCUCACGUUCGACCUUCUACAAGGCUUGGAAGAAGUGGAAGACAUGCAUGACUUUCCACAAGAAGAGUGCCCACAGUUUGUGCUUGCAGUGUUCCGAGAUGCGGGCGGCGAUUCGGGCUGCAAAGGACUUUCAGGAACAUGCCCGUUUGUCCCAAAACCUCUUCCAUCACUACACAUCGCAAUACAAAGACAGGCUGUGGUUACAAUCUGACAAUACAGUCAAAGAGAUCCGGAAUGGAAUUGCUGGCAGGCUUUGCGCGGCCCUGGUGCAGGCGAGAGACUGGGUGCAGCUUCUUCCAAACUGCAUCACGCUAAAGAACGCCUAUAGAGACAGGAAGGCAAAGGCAGGCAUGCCACGACAAGGUCACGACAUUGACAAGGAUGAAAGACUUCCAAGACGGCUUCGAUGUGAGGACUAUGACAGCCGUCGUCUUGAUGUGUUUGCUUUGAUCAAGCAAACAAUGGCAGAGCAAGCGCUGAGCCAGAAUGCUUUACUUGGAUCACUGAUUGACGCAGUGAGGGCAGUAGGGAAGAUGGGGGCGGAGCUGGAAGAUGCGCCUACCACCGUCCGCUCCCAGUUGCUGGCCUACCUGGAGACCCUAUGCAUUGUGAUCCAAGAGUUUCUGAAGACUGGUUAUUGCCCUACAUUUGAUGCCAUCCGGGUCAAGUUCCCUUAUGCAGAUGAGACACGUGAGCUGCGGGAUUGGACAACAGGAGUGGUGGAUGGACAAACACGAGUUCUGGCUUGCUUUGCCAUUGUCGGUUUCUGUGCUGAGCUGGAGCUGGAUGAUUUGCAGAUGAUGGAGAUCCAGGAUGUUCUUUCCAGCUUGAAGCUGUUGAGAUGCUCCUACAAGCAUUUUGAUCAUCCUGGACACCAUUUCCUCCACAGCCUCAAACUGGGCUACAUCACCUCCGAGAAGGUUGCUCCUUCAGCAGUGCAAAUUGUGGCAGACCUGAGAUCUGCCAUAGACAUCGAGAAGCGUUUGUCCAAAGGUCGGCCACUACCGCUCAAGGACCUGCUUGGCAAGGUCAUAUCAGAAUACAACAAGUUGGUAUCUAUCAAGCGGCACCGCAUAGACACGACCAAGAAGAACCUCACAUACAACUUGCUCAGAUGCCCAGGAGAAGUGCUGGAGCUGGUGCACCGUCAUUAUGACUCCUAUGUCCACCAUCAAUCUGGCUUGCCAUUGGAAGUUCUUGCAUUGGACUUUUGGGUGCCAUCAGUCUCUUCCAGAUGGGAGCUUCCUCGAUUUGCCAGCGUGAAGGUGUUCAGAGAGAUUCUGGCAACCACUGAGGAAUCCGCUGUGGCGUACAUCAAGAGAGCUUGCUUGGACUUCGAAAAGGCUACAGGUCAAGCAAGCUCUGCGAAGACUCGGAAAUUUGCUAUGUUGACGGAGGAACAGCAUUUCAUGUUGCAUGAUGUGUGCUGCCUUUGGACAUGGCUACUUCGGAAGCUGACCUCCGAGUUCACUGGAGAAGUGGUCACCAAGGUCACAGACAUGUUCUACAGAGGGACGAUGGAGGAGUAUGUCUCGCAGAAUCAAGAUCGAGCUCGCAAUGCACACAACAAGAGUGUGGAAUGUGCCUUUCAAGCUUGGACAGAGCAACUGCGGGCUGACCAGGGCUUGUUCGAGUCCAUCAAGCUGAAGUCAGAGAAAGAAGGUGGCAGGAUGAGGCAGAAGCUUGUGAAGAACCUCGAGGAUUGUCACAACCGAGCCUGGAGUUGCAUCAAGGACUUCAUCGAGAACAGUAUGAUGACCUUCCCUGGAAGACAGUCAGAUGCAGACAGUACCAUGAUGCCUGCGGCUCGCAGCUGGAUUCGAAAUUGCCUGGAGGAAGAAUGCAUUUCACCGGAAGACCAUUCUGUUGUUCUAUGGCUGAAUUGCACUACGAUUGGAAUCAUUCCAACAUUGAAGUAUGACUUCUUCCUCACCUUCCUGAGCAAUGUCCUCACAGACUUCUCCAAGAAUGGGGUGUGCUUCAUUGUCUUCCCGAACCGUGCUUCGAAGUGCAAGACAAAGAAGGAGGAGCUAGAUCCGGAUUCCACUGGGGAUAUGAAAGAAGAACCCAAAUUGGAGGAUGGUGAAAGUGAGAAUGAAGAUGUUGAUGCAGAGGGAGUUCAGGAAGAGGAGGCUGAGCUUCGCGAUGUGAUCUACCGCAACUGUCUACGGGAAGCGGGACGGCUGUGUGCAUGGAUUGGCGGUGACUUCGAGAGACCGUGGGAACCUUUUCAAGUCUACAAGAGGCAAGCCCUGGUCGAGGAGUGCAGUACGGAAUUGGUCAGCAGGAUCAGCCACCGCCUUUACGAGGGUUGCCGAGAAGAAAACAUGAAGGUCAAUGGCUUUCCUGAUUUCAAUGCCCACAUACAGGCCUUGAAGGAUUCUACAAUGCAGUACAAGGAGGAUGCAACCUACAAAGUUUGUCAGCAGCAGCAUGACAAGCUGCUGCUCUUGCAAUCCUUUGCCAAAAAAUGGGUGGAGUCAGAAAUCACCAUGGAACGGGCAAAGGCGAUUGUGGAGGACCACAAUGAACGGUUCAAUCCUGGCUCUGAUGCUGACUAUUGGGCACCUGAUGAGACGGCCACCAAAAAUGUCACUGCAGAAGAUGCAUCAGAACGACCUCAGAAGCGCAUCAAGAUCGAUCACACCAACACGGUGAGCACAGACGAACUGGCAAAAUUGAAGAAGCCGCGUCUAGGCAUUAGUUAG